AUGACAACCUAUAUGAGUAAGGCCUAUGACAUUGAAAUAAAAGUGCAUUCGAAAAUUAUAAUCAUCUGUUUAAUUCUAGGGCUGGGCCCUAGACGGUUAAUUCCUUUUCUACUGGUUGGAUUAGUUGGUAUGGCGUUGAACCUUUUAUUAAAACACGAAUCCAUUGUCAUACCACCUCCUCGUCUUCCAAACCUUCCAAAAGUGGAAUCCAAGCCAACUAGUAACGCCUUGGAAUUUGAAUCGUUUCUAACUUCUUAUCCGGAUAUAUCCAGGGAACUGAAGAUAAUAGUGAACAACAUCGUUAGGGAUUUUGUUUCGGUGUGGUAUGAGUCGGUGAGCACGAAUCCUGCUUUCCCAAAUGCUGUUAAAAAGGUUCUAUUUGAAGUCAUUGAUAAUGUGCAUCGACGUAUCACAGAGAUCGAACUGGCGGAGCUGCUGGUACUUAAACUUCUUCCCUUGGUGACAAAGCAUUUUUCUAACUUUGCAAUUGCAUAUGAAACUGCAUCCAGCGAUGCAAUUUUACAGGUACAUAACAAAGAUAUCAAGAACUUUGAUCUUGCUGUUGCUGUGGAAUUUAAUAAGAGUUACAAGAUACAUCAAGCGUUGUCUGGAGAUUAUAAGAGUAGCACAAAAGAUAUUCAAGAGUACCUAUCCGAGAAAACAAAAUUAAUCAUAUCUGGUCUCUUAAACGGUAAGGAGUUAUCGUCACCAUAUGUUCGAGUACUUUGUCGCGAGAUUGUAUCAAAUUGUAUAUUACAUCCCCUUACUAUGACCCUGUCCUCGUCUGAUUUUUGGAAUGUUAAGCUGAUUGCAAUUUCGAAAAAGGUGUUAAAGGAAAGAACUCAAGUACAGGAAUUAAGAAAGGCGCUAUCUAGGGAAAUAGAGGUUCCUCAUACAAGCGAACCUACUGUUGAAGGUACUGGAAGCGAUAAGCACUCAGUACGAUGUCUAACUUCCGAGGCGAAUGGGCAAGAGUUUGAAUACUACUUGAAAUACUUAAGUGGUUUGAAUAAUCAAUUGGAAUUAUGCUCGGAGAAGUUUUUCAUAUUAGCAAAACUACUGACAUUAUCAAAGAGCUCUAAUUUAUCUACUACUUCCAUUGAAUUUCGAAAGCGGCUACAAUUGGCAUUAAAUUUACUUGAAAGUAGACUGGCAUAUAUGACUGGAACAAGUAAACAAAUUAGUGAUGAAUUGUUAGAAACACGAUUAUGUGAAUUUGAGGCUUUUGUUAAAUCUGUAUCUCUUUUAACUGUGUUAUCUGAUCCUUCAUACACGCAAUGUUUCCAUGACUUUUUACUUAGCUGUUAUUCUCAUCAAGGCACUCUUGAGUUUUGGUCUUUUGUAGAAGGGGUUAAAAUACCACUAGAGGAUCCUAAAAGCGAAGACAUGGCUCUAGACCUGUCAGAAAAUGGUAUAUGUGACCUUCAGACGGCUUAUAGUAGAUUCCUAAAGGACGAAAAAACUACUCACUCUUUCAGUGAAGAAUAUAUCAAUGAUAUCACAAAAUUCUUACAUACCUAUAAGGAUGUUGAUAGAAUAACCAGUGCCCAGUUAUAUCUCAGAGCUAGGAAAAGUCUUUUAUUACUACAAGAAGAGGCAUAUAAGAAAUUGCAAAGCAUUUAUUUUCCUAAAUUCAAAGAAUCUUUAGCAUUUUUGAAGAUGAUUUCGUCUCCAAACUUUAUGAGAUCUAGCAUAUAUGCUAGCUAUAUACAUAAUAUCGGAAUUCCUAGCGCAACUAGACCCGUUGGUGCCCAGUUGGAUACAGUUGGUAUUAUCGCAAUCGGAGAUAUUGAUAAAGCAUUGGAUGAUAUCCUUAAUGAGGAUCCCAAGACACCAUCUAAGAAGGAGCUUCGAAAAAAGGUAUCUUACUCUAAUCUUUUUGGUAAAAAGACUCGUGGUAACAUAUUUGAUGAUUCACUUUUCCUAGAUGAUGCUGCAAACCAUGAAUAUGAAUCCGAGGACGAGGAAAGCAGUGAACAUUCAGACAAUACAGAGCUGGAUACCUCUCAAGAUUUAUUAAGAUCAGAUAUAAUAGAUGGUGAUAUUAUGGACAGUAGGAUUGAGCUGAAGGAUAUUAAAGAAGAGAUAGGUAAACUUAUUAUAUCAAUUGACAAGCUUCAAAAGCAACUUGAGUUAUUAAAGCAUUUAAUUUUAAAGGCAGAACUAACGAAUAACCAGUCACAAUUGAAGUUACUAAGGAAGUCUGAAAGGACACUUUCUAAUGAGUUAGAAUAUAAAGAAUUGCUUAAGCAACAAUAUACUGUUCUAGAAAAUACGAAUAGUUUAUUUGGUAAGACUAAGAUAUCUAUAAAGUCUUAUCUAUCAAAUAUAUCCGCGGAAGACGGGAAGGAAGUUACCUAUUAUAUUGUUAAUGUCAAUCAUUUUAAUGGGAACCAAGUAACGUCAUGGGAGAUUCCAAGAAGAUACAGUGAAUUCUACAAACUGCAUGUUUACUUAAGGAAGACUUAUGGAACUGUAGUAAAUCAUUUGCAGAAAAAGAAUGUCUUUCCACAGAAAGUAAAAAUGUCAUUAAAAUUUCAUGUAUCAAAAUCAUUGCUAUUUGAAGAAAGGCGUUAUAAGUUAGAAAACUACUUGCGUGCUUUACUGGGCAUUACUGAAGUAUGCCAAGACAGUACAUUCCGGCGUUUCUUAACAGAUACAUCGAAUUCGUUUUCAACUGAUGAUUUAGAUAUUGAGAUGAAGAAAAGUCCCUUAAGUGAUACAUCAUUAACACAAGCAGCUGAAUCAAACUCAGUUGUGAAGCGCUGCUCAGGAGUUGAAUAUCUUGUAACUACCCUACCCUCCGAUGAUCUUUCCAAAGAAUCUAAUUUCUAUGAAGAUGAAAGAAAUUUCUAUUCGGGGUCGUUUACAAAACCUAGGUCGUUUGUAAAACCAAUUUGUGAUUUGUUCAUCGCUGUAUUUUCAUUAAACAGAUCAAACUCAGGGUGGUUAAGAGGAAGAGCUAUUAUAGUGGUAUUGCAACAAUUACUGGGAAGUACAAUUGAGAAAUACAUUAAAGACAUGAUUGGGAGGCUUCAAUCAGAAGCAAGUGUCUAUGAAUUAAUAGUCGCUGUGAAAAACAUGCUAUGGGUAGAUGAUGUGUUUUUUAAGAGUUCCAAUGCUACACAGCAUCCGCUCAGAACAGAAAGCAUGAUACUUAAAAGCAAAAGAGAGGCAUCUCUCCUACUAGACCGCCUAAUGGUGGAAACGUGUGGUCGAGUGGUUGGUGUUAGGAGUGCCAAGUACAGCAGUUUAAUUUUACAUGCAAUGUUACAAAAUGAGUACUUGAAUGCCGGCUUAAUUCUUGAAAUUUUGGAUGUAAUAAUUGAUGAACUGUUCUAG